ACAAGUGGCUAUCCGUACAUAGUUGAAAGUAAAAUAUAGAUAAAUUAAAUAUACUACAGCAACCAAACAAACCGAAGUUAUGCUAAUGUAAUAAUACACACAAGUUUAGCACGGACAUUUUGCUAUCGGUGCUAUGAAUUUAGGAACUAUGAUGAUGCCGAAUCUGUAGUGCAAGUAUUCGGUUUGGAUUUGGAGUUGGAUUGUUCGAAUCAUUCGAUUAUUUGUCAUUGUAAAUUUGCAGAAGUGUUGUAAGACUCUCAGUCUGAGAUAAGUUCUAAAACAGUGAAAAGAAAGCACAACAUGUUAAGUUAAAGUAAACCUAAAAGAGUCAUUAAGUAUAAGUUGGCCUAAAUUCUUUAAAAUUAUCAGUGUUAAAUAUAAAUUAAACUAAGGAUGGCAAAUUUACUAAAGGAUGUUACAUUAACGGACGACCACCCUAAAACAUUACUGCUAAAGAAACAUACAGAUUUUAUUGCUGCUUGUGGAUCCAUUAAAGAUGAAUUUGAAUACUGUAUGACCGAGUACCUGCGCAUGUCAGGCAUGUACUGGGGCCUGACUGCCAUGUCACUGAUGCACAGCCUGUCACGGAUGGAUCGCCAGCAAGUUGUGUCAUUCUUGAAGCAAUGUGUCGACAAUGAAAGUGGAGGCAUUAGUGCCAGUGUUGGACACGACCCACAUCUCCUCUACACGCUCAGUGCCGUGCAGAUUGCCUGUCUACUAGACUGUGUAGACGUGUUGCCUGUUGAGAAAGUGGUCAACUAUGUCUCCAGUCUACAGCAGGAGGACGGCAGCUUUUACGGCGACAAGUGGGGUGAAGUUGACUCUCGGUUCUCAUUCUGUGCUGUUGCUUGUCUCUCUUUGCUAGGAAAGUUGGAUGCUAUCAAUAUGGAGAAGGCGGUAGAGUUUGUGCUGUCAUGUCGCAAUUUUGAUGGAGGUUUCGGUUCUAGACCAGGGUCUGAGAGCCAUGCGGGUCUCAUCUACUGUUGUGUCGGCUUUCUAUCAAUCACAGGUAAGCUGGAGAGUAUAGAUGGAGACCUGCUGGGUUGGUGGCUCAGUGAACGACAGCUCCCCUCAGGAGGACUUAAUGGCCGACCGGAGAAACUGCCAGACGUCUGCUACUCCUGGUGGGUUUUAGCCUCGCUGGCCAUGCUGGGUCGACUUCACUGGGUCCAUGGCUCCAGCCUACAGCAGUUCAUCCUUGCCUGUCAGGACCCAGAGACUGGAGGGUUUAGCGACCGACCAGGCCACAUGUCAGAUCCAUUUCACACUCUGUUCGGGGUGGCAGGCCUGAGUCUACUGGGCAACACUGAGUUGGCUCCUGUCAACCCCACCUACUGUAUGCCUCAAAGCCUAAUAGACCGACUAGGCUUACGACCUCAGCGUUUAGUGGUAUAACAUUUCACACUGUUCGGGGGGCAGGCCUGAGUCUACUGGGUAACACUGAGCUGGUUCCUGUAAACCCCACCUACUGUAUGCCUCAAAGCCUAAUAGACCGACUGGGCUUACGACCUCAGCGUUUAGUGGUAUAACAUUUCACACUGUUCGGGGUGGCAGGCCUGAGUCUACUGGGCAACACUGAACUGGCUGCUGUCAACACCAAGUACUACAUGCUUCAGAACCUAAUAGACUGAGUGUGCUUUUGACAUCAGUGGUUAAUUGAUUUCUUAGAUUUCUAAAUAUUUUUUUCAUCGAUAACAAAUUGAGAGUCGAUCUAGUCCUGAUUCAGUAUGUAUUGAUCUCUAUAAUUUCCAUUGUUACAUCAUUAUUUCCCAAUCCUCAAUAUCUUGUUAUCGAUAUAUAUUUUUUAAUUUUCGUACAACCAAGUAAUAUGUAUAUUUUUUGCUGUAUACAAAUAUUUUCUGUAUAUUACUAUGUUAUUUAAUGAGCAUGUGAUGUUAAAUAUUUUAUUUUUACAUUUAAACUUAAUGUUAAUAGUAUAUUUAUAAAAUAUAACUACUUUUUAUCUGA